AUGAAUUUUAAGACACCUAUAGCUAUAAUAUUUCAUAUUUAUAGAGUCAGCAUAAUUAACAAAAAAAUUAUUAAUUCUCUAUUAUUAGCUUUAAAUUUAAGUUUAAAGGAUGAAAAUUGAUAUACUUUGCUUUUGGUUAAUUUUUGAAUUUUAGGAAUUUAUGAGUAUUUCUUUAAUCCAAGAGUUUUUGUUAUUGAAUAUGAAGAUGCCCCAAAGCAGCCUUGAGCUCUAACUGAACCUUGAAAAAACUACCUUUCUACCUUAUAUCCCUAUCUGUGGGCGAGCAAACCAUUGGAAAUCUCUAUUUAUUAGGAAAAAUGGACCCUUCCAUGAGCGAACAAAAAAUUUUUUAUGAAAAAUAUUUUAAUAUAUAAAUGAUAAUUACUAUAAUGAAACCUCUAUCAUCCUGCUUAAACAUAAUUUACAAAUUAAAUUAAUAUUUGCUUACUCCCCCCCCCCCCUCCGUGAGCGAACAAAACCAUUAGAAAAAUCGCCAUUUUUUGACCAAAAACCCACCCUCCGUGAGUGAACAAAAAUUUUUUUUAAUAGAAAAAAUUUUAAUGGAAAAAAAUUUUGAUAUAUAAGUGAUAAUUAGUAUAAUGAAAUCUAGAGCUAAUUCUUUUUAAUUUUAAACAAAUUGCGUUUUAAAACAUAAAUUUUGCAAAUUAAAUUAAUAUUUGCUUCCCAAUUUUUGCAAAUUAGGAUUUUUUUUAAAUUUCGAAAAAAAAUAUUUUUUAUAAAAUUUAUAUAUAAAUUUUUUUUAAAAAAAAAAAAUUAACCCCCUCCGUGAGCGAACAAAAUUUUUUUUUUGUUCGCUCACGGAGGGGGGGGGGGGAGUUAGAAAUUACUGUAUUUGGAUUUUUUAAUUUUGAAAAAAAAUUUAAUAAAACAAAAACAAUUGACCCAACUGGUGAGCAACAUUUUUUGCUCAUUCAAGAAGGGAAGAAGUUAGAACUAAAAAUUAAGCAUCAAAACAUAGUCAACGACAACAAUUAUUGCGAAUAUGUUAUGAACUACCAGCAAGACCAUCUUAUCACAUUAGACCAAGACGGUCUGCCUAUAAAGCAGCAAAGAAUAAUUUUUUCAGAUUUCAAUAACAAUACAUUCCCCAAAAAAAUUUUAAAUCGAAUUUCCACACUCUCCAUGACUGAGCAUUUUACAAGAAUGAACCCAGAAAGGCACCCUUACGAAAAGUUGAAGCCUAAUAUCAAUCUAUUUUUCCAUCACGAACCCUUAUGACACGAAUUUCAUGAAAUUGGAAAACAUUUCUUAUGCCAAGGACAAAGAUAUAAUCAUAUUCCUGGCAAUGAAAAUAUAAAUUAUAAGGACACAACUAUAAACACCUUUAGGAAUUAUACGAAACAUUAUGUUGGGAGAAUGCAGUGCUUUAAUCCAUGGAUGGUAAUGCCAUAUAGCUUGGAUUUAAGUGACGAAAAUCAAUGCAAAGAAUUUUUUAAUAGGCUAAAUGACGAUAAAGACCGUGAAGGAGUGAAUUGGGUUGUGAAAAAAAGCAGAUAUAGCCAUAAUGGACAAGGAAUCCAACUUAUUGAUUCAAAAACUGCACAUUUAGCUUUAAAAGAGUAUGACUACGGAAAUAAAUGCAAUGAAGCUGCUGGAUUUCUUGCUCAAAAAUAUAUAAAGUAUCCGUUUCUGAUUAAUGGGAAAAAGUUUGAUUUUAGGGCUUAUAUGUUUAUAGCGAGCAUGGACCCACUAAUAAUUCUUUAUCAUGAUGGAUUUGCGAGGAUAACUCUUGAUGAUUAUAACUCGACGUCUGGUGAUAGAUCAAAACAUUUGACUAACUUAGAUGUAGCACAAGGAUUUUUAGAAUCAAAAAAUGUCACGGGAAAAGAAAAAGAAGAAGCGCUGAUUGACCAAGGGUGGAGUUAUCAGCAUCUUGAAGAAUAUUUGAUAGAAAAUAACUUAAUCCCUCUUUCAAUAACAAAUAUUUUUAAUUUAUUAUAUUCUUAAAUAAUUAUUUAAAAAUAGGAAAGAUUAGUAAAAAAAGGAUGAAUGGAUUCUUACCUCAGAGCCUCAAUAAAGCGCGCAAUGUUUCAUAUAGUCAGAAUGAACCUAUCAAAGCUUUUAAAGCACCCAGGAGUGUUUGAAAUAAUGGGCUUUGACUUCAUAUUAGAUCAAAAUCUACAUCUGUGGUUCUUGGAAGCAAACUUAACUCCUUGUAUCACAGAAAAAAACGAAAUGAAAAAAGAGCUCAACACAAAAUUCAUCAAAGAUGUAGUAGACUUAGAAUAUGCCUUACUCUAUGGUGCUGAUUUUAAUAAAAUUUUCAGCAGGACUAAUUUCCAAUGGAUUUAUGAUGGCAGAAAGAAAGGUAUGGAUCGAUAUCACGAUUUGAUUACUAAAGACUGCUUAUAA